UAAGGGUUUGUUAUUGUCCGGCAUUAGGCACGCGCACGUUAAAGCGAAAAGCGUCGUGCAGCUUGUGUCCCAUUCAAAGUGUUGCAUUUCACUUUUAUUGUACUUUGAAGCCAUGAACACAAAGAAAUUAUGAACUAAUCUGGGCUGCAGUUCGCUCGGCUGGGCUCGGACCAGUGUUGGCGGAGCAAGAACGGUGACGGGCAUCCUGUGCUCUAGUCAUGACCGCUGGGAAUGGCAAUACAAACAGUAGUCGACACAGAGGAGAGAGCAAGCCAGCCCAGGCCGUAGUUAAAUCCCACAUCCUGACCCACUUAAUAGAGGGCUUUGUUAUCCAGGAGGGUGCUGAGCCUUUUCCUGUGGAACGUCCUUCCUUUUCUGUCGAUUGUCUCCGGAGACACACGUCGGACUCAAGAAUGACGGGGCUUCCGCCAAAGGAUUUAAAAGCUCGACAAGAGCCUAUGCUUACCUGUGAGCUUUGCGGCAAGGUGGAUUUUGCGUACGUCUUCAAAAGGUCCAAGAGAUUCUGUUCGACCACAUGUGCUAAAAGAUACAAUGUAGGAUGCACAAAAAGAAUUGGUCUCUUCCCAAACCGCAAAUCCACCCUAGAGGACAUGAAGAAACCAAAAGGACACAAUGAAAACCACAAAAACUCCGGUUCGGAGUUUAAAGACAAGACAUCUUCAUGCGGGCGGACAUCUUCUAGUCACGUGACUCAACCUGCACAGGGAGAAGCCAGCCAAUGUUCGGACUUGUCCGGCUAUAAACAAGACCAAUGGGGGCCUUCGGCGCAAGGCAUCGACGUGCCGAGGGACCCCAGCCAGUGGAACGUGGACGACGUUUAUGUUUUUAUCUGCUCUCUGCCGGGUUGUCUGGAGAUCGCGGAGGGCUUUCGUUCGCAAGAGAUCGACGGUCAGGCUCUCCUGCUGCUUAAGGAGGACCAUCUGGUGGGGGCCAUGAACAUCAAACUAGGCCCCGCGCUUAAGAUUGCCGCCCAUAUUGGCAUGCUCAAAGACUUGUAGCUCCGUUGAUCAUGCCCAUAUUUCAUGCUCUACCCUUGAUACUAGGGGUGUAAAUCGCGGGUUUUGUCACGAUACGAUAUAAUAUCGAUAUAAAGAACGACGAUACGAUAUUUGCCGAUAUCUUAAAGCCUGCUGCGAUUCAUUCACGAUAUAUCGCGAUAUAGUGCUCUACGAUCGUUUUUUUUUUUUUUUUUUUUAAUAAAAAAUAGAGAACAAUAUCCUGAUUUAUAACAAUUCAUACGCAAAAUCAACAAGGUACUGCAAACUCUUUAUUUAGGAAAUUACAAGAGUAUUGUAGUAUACAAAUUGCUUACUUUAACACUGAACUUUGAUGUCGUGUUUUUUCUUUAAAUGUGCGGCGAGAUUUGUGCUCCCUGAUAUUUGAUCACCGCAUGGCAGGAUUUACAAACUGCACGUGUCUUGUCCGUUGAGCCAUCUUUUCUUUGGAAUCCAAAGUGCUUCCAAACGAAUGACUUGAAGCCUAAAGGGGAGCAAAUUUCCUCGUCUUUUUGGACACUAGCCAUAGCACCAGCCCAGGAGCCGCGUACUAGUCGUCGACUCCCCUUUCACGUGCCUGCUCUGCUCACAACACAACAACGCCGGGCGCACUGCUCCAUGCUUCCGGAAAGAGGAAGCAAGCAACAAUGAACUGGAUUUCAAAAUAAAGUCGCGUCUAAUGUCCGAGGUCAAACACGGCGAUAUAAAUCGAUGUUUACCUUUAGCAUCGAUGCCAAUAAAUCGUAGAGCAUUAUAUCGAUGUAUCGUUACACCCCUACUUGAUACAGGUAAUCUGAGUUGGAAAUGUUACACGGCACGUAAAAUGUCUGUGGUUACUUUCAAAAUCCUCUUUGUCUCCCAGCAAUUCAAAGGUCAGUUUGUGACCUUUCAGUUUUGCUUUGAAACCAGUAGUGUUGGCAUGCAAGGGUGUAGGAGCCAUUCAACAAAAGGCAGAUUCAGUUGUAGCUUCCUGUGUGGUUUGUAGACUGACAAACCUACAAAUACAUUACGUCUUUUACACACCACAAGCGUUAUUAGCAAAGUGAUGACAUUCUUGUAAAUAACUAUUUUUUUGGGGGGGGGGGGGGUACAUUUCCAAAAAUAUGUGUGCGGUUCAAAAGUUGUUUGUUAGGGCUUUGGCUCUAGUUUGAUAGACUUAAAUACACUAUUUGUACAGCAAUAUCAGAUUGAAAAUGUUCAUUCAAAUUUGAUUAAAACAAAAGUCAUAGUUUGAAUUUUUUGAAUUUGAAAUUUCUGUGAUGUUGAAAUCCACAUUUGGAUUUGAUUGUGCAUACGAUGAGCAGCCCCAUACAGUUGCUAACAAUCCUGCCAGUUAAAUUCACACUACAUUGAUCCCCCGAAAGUUAAAAAUUCAUUUGUUACUUUGAUUUUUGCAUUUAAUCUAUUACAAAUAAAAAAUAAUUUAAAAAAAAAUUCAUCUUCACAUACUUUUUACAUAUGAAUGGGCAUGUUGUGCUUUAUAGACAAAAUGAAAGAACCAAUGCCAACCAUUUGUUAAUUUAAUUGAAUGAUUCCUUAUAAAACGUCAACACACAGCAAAGGAAGAACCUAGGGCAAAGUGUCAGCAGGUGCACAGCAACUCUGUGGAUGUGUUCACAUGGGACCAUUGACAAACAUUAACCUACAUGUAUGACAUCACCUGCACUGCGCAGUUUACCUCGGUAAAAAGAAUGCUCGUCAGCUUCAUUUGUUAUGUCAACAAACAAGUAGACUAUCAGACCAAGACCCUAUUGGUUGAAACAAUUUAAAGCACUUCAUUUGAACUUUACAGCAACAGAGUAUUUGUUUUGUAUGGAUGGUUGAUGUUAUUUAUUAAUGAAGCUUUGAUGAGUUGCAUCAUCUUGACUGCACAGAUUUAUUGGAAUGCUGCUACACCGUUCAGUAACUUUGCUUUGACUUAAUGUUAAGCUUGCAUACUGACGCUUCGAUGACAU